ACAAACAAUUACAUAAUCCAGAGGAUCCGUUGCAGCCGCGAGAGCAGCAGCAACCGCAUCAUCAAAGCAUGUCAAAUAUUGCCCUUCAUCGAGCAACAACCACAGACUAUAUCUCAUCCAGUGAUAGCAGUAGUCAACACGUCAGCCCUACAAGCGUAGACGGUCGGGGUGACACCACACUCCCCUCGCAUCGUAGCCAGGCCAUACCAUCACUUUUGCCUUCGCAUUCAUAUACAACUCAAUUCUACACCGAUCCGCAGUCUUUUUCGCAAGUCCACGGCAAUAGGAGGUCCAUAAUGUCCUCUGCUGGUGGUGACAGUAAUGGCCGCUGGAGCCAGAUGGAAGGGGAAAGUGAUCGGCAGCGGCGUUAUGAUGACUAUCAGACUGCCAACACGGCAACCUCCAUACCAGCUACAAACGCCUCCUUAGCUACUUCCCACGGCACCUCCGAUAGUGCCAGUAGUAGUGGUGUCCCUGGAGGUAACCAGAUGCAGCAGCAGCAGCAGAUGUCAAUUUCUAAUCUCUCCACACCAUCAUCCCACCCUGCCUACGUUCCCUUGGCUCCCUCUCUCAAGAAUUGGUGCUCUGUUUUCUACUAUGAGUUGAACAAUCGAGUGGGUGACGUCUUUCAUGCCUCCAAACCCAAAUUCACUGUGGAUGGUUUCACUGCUCCCUCGUUAAGUACGGAGCGCUUCUCACUUGGGGGAUUGAGCCAUGUAAAUCGACCUCCACAAGUGGAUAUGACGAGGCGUCAUAUUGGUCGCGGACUCAAUCUACUCUACAUAUCAGGCGAGGUAUUUGUCGAGUGUCUCAGCGAUGCCGCCAUCUUCGUCCAGUCGCCAAGUUGCAAUCGCCUCAAUAAUUGGCAUCCUGCCACAGUGGUGAAAGUUCCGCCUCGAUGCAACCUCCGAGUCUUCGACAAUCGGGAAUUCGCGGAGUUGUUGUCGCAAUCAGUGACGCGAAACUACGAGACAGUCUUUUCCCUCACUCACAUGUGUUUCAUUCGAAUUAGCUUCGUGAAGGGCUGGGGUGCAGACUAUCGGUGA